AAAAAGGAUAUAAUUUUAUUAAUUGUUUCGUGUUAAUUGUUUAUAAUUUAAAUAAUAAAUUUUCCAUAUAGCAUUAACAUUUAUUUAUUCGUUCAACGAUAUGAACGAUGAAUAUGGAGAAAAGAGAAGAAUCGAUAAAACUCUUGGAUUCUAUCGUACCAUUUGAAAAUUACAUCAAACAUUUAAUAACGUUACUUAAGUAUCUUCGAAUUUGGCGACAAAGGAAUACAUUCUCUGUGUCAAAAUUAUUCGUAUUAACCAUCACGAUUGCGCUAUCUCUCUUCGCUAAUUUUGUACUUAUAAUAUCUGAACUUUUAAUGGUAUCGGGUAACUCCGAUAUCGAGCAACUUUCGAAUACCAUCAAUCCCUUGGGUCUUCACAUGACCGGUUUCAUCAAAUGGAUUUAUUGUAUAAACAAGAGUAAAGAAAUUAGUAGGCUUGUUGCUGAUUUAAAUCGAUGUUACUUGCUUUCGAAGAGAAUUGAAAUUAGUAAGAGAGGAUGCGAUUUUUCUAAAACAGAAAUGGAAACUGUAUACAAAAAUUCAAGAAUAUGGCAAUAUUUAUGGACAACGUUUUGCGUUUACGGGAUAAUUCAUUGGUGUUUCAAUGCACUUAUUCAAAAAUAUUACGGUCAAGUGAAAAUAUUAAAUACAAGUGAUAAUAACGUUGACAUUGAUUACAAUUCAUUACCAUACAUAACGUGGCAACCAUGGAGUAUCGGAACAGUCAAGGGUUAUGGUUAUUCGUUUAUUAUUCAAUUGAUCGGUGCAUUAACCUCGACUGUUGGUGCAGCUUGUUACGAUAGCUUACAUAUUUGUAUUUUAAUGAUAAUUUGUGGACAAUUCCGAUGUUUGUACUUUUCAUUGAUUGAAAUUGAUACUAUCGUAGGUGUGAGAACAAUCGAAGAACUCGAAAUGAAAUUACGUUAUUGCGUUGAUCAUCAUAUAGCUGUAUUAAAAAUAUCGAAGGAUCUGGAAAAUUUUGGGAAUUUACCAAUGUUUGUACAAUGUUUAGAAAAUAUAAUCAUCAUUUGCCUGUUAUCCUUUGAAAUGACGGUCAUAGAAUUUAAGAUGGACUCAGAAUCAAUAACGAAAUUAUUGAGUUUAAUGGAAUACUUUUCGGCAUUGUCAGUGCAAUUAUACAUUUUUUGUUUUUACUCUACUCAAAUUUAUUCAUUGAGUUUACAAAUCGCCGAUGCCGUCUAUGCAUGCAAUUGGGAAAUGAUAAUAUACGAUAAAAUAGAAAACACGAAAAAAGAUAAGCAAUUAACAAUGAAAGUUAAACAUUUGAUAUUAUUCUUAUCAUUGCGUGCUCAAAAGCCAAUCGUAAUGACUGGCGGUCCAUUUUACGUAUUAUCCUUGGAAACUUUUAAAUCAGUAAAUAAAUUCAAUCAUAAUUAAAU